CCCGCCCCCGGCCGCGGCUGCGCGCUGCGUUCUGCGCUCUCAUCAUGGCGGCGCGGGGCCAUGUGCAGGACCCCAACGACCGCCGCCUGCGGCCCAUCUACGAUUAUCUCGAUAAUGGCAAUAAUAAAAUGGCAAUCCAGCAAGCAGAUAAACUGCUCAAAAAGCACAAGGACCUUCACUGUGCCAAGGUGCUGAAGGCCAUUGGCUUGCAGAGGACUGGCAAACAGGAUGAAGCCUAUGCCCUGGCACAAGAAGUAGCAGCACUUGAACCCACAGAUGAUAAUUCCUUGCAAGCACUGACCAUUCUCUACCGGGAAAUGCACAGACCCGAGCUGGUGACUAAACUUUAUGAGGCAGCUGUGAAGAAGGUCCCCAACAGUGAAGAGUAUCACUCCCACCUCUUCAUGGCCUAUGCCAGGGUUGGAGAAUACAAGAAAAUGCAACAGGCUGGAAUGGCACUUUAUAAGAUUGUUCCCAAAAAUCCAUAUUAUUUUUGGUCCGUGAUGAGCCUGAUCAUGCAGUCUAUCUCAGCACAGGACGAAAACCUCUCCAAAACGAUGUUUUUGCCACUUGCUGAAAGAAUGGUGGAAAAAAUGGUGAAAGAGGACAAGAUUGAAGCUGAGGCUGAAGUGGAGCUGUACUACAUGAUCCUGGAACGUUUGGAGAAGUACAAGGAAGCCUUAGAUGUUGUGAGGGGAAAACUUGGAGAGAAGCUGACGAGUGAGCUGCAGAGCCGGGAGAACAAGUGCAUGGCCAUGUACAAGAAGCUGCACAGGUGGCCCGAGUGCAACGCGCUGGCCAGGAGGCUGCUGCUCAGAAACUCAGAUGAUUGGCAGUUUUAUAUAACUUACUUUGAUUCAGUGUUUCAACUCAUCGAUGAAUCCUGGACACCUCCAGCAGAGGAAGAGCACUCUCUGGAGGGGGAGGUGCACUGCUCCAUCGAGCAGGCUGUGCAUUUCAUCGAGGAGAGGAUAACAGAGGAGUCCAAGAGCUCCCGGCCGCUCCGGGGACCCUACUUGGCCAAACUGGAGCUGAUCAGGCGCCUGCGGCACAGGGGCUGCAAUGAUGAGUACAAACUGGGUGAUCCAGAAGAACUAAUGUUCCAGUACUUCAAAAAAUUUGGGGAUAAGCCCUGCUGUUUUACUGAUCUCAAAGUGUUUGUGGAUCUCCUUCCACCCAGCCAGUACACAAAGUUCAUCCGGCAGCUGCUGGACGUGAUCCCGCUGGCGGCGGCGGCCGAGAACGAGGUGGCUCUGCCAGGUGACAUCAAGGCCCUGCAGCAGCACCUGUGUGUGGUGCAGCUCUCCAGGCUGCUGGGGAUCUACCACGCCAUGGAGAAGAAGCAGAAGCUGGCAGUGGUGCGGGAGCUGAUGCUGAGAUACCGCCACGGGUUGGAGUUUGGGAAAUCUUGUUUGAAAACUGAAUUGCAGUUUUCAGAUUAUUACUGCCUGCUUGCAGUUCACCUGCUGCUUGAUCUGUGGCUGGAAGGUGAAGAGGCAGCUGUGUGGCAGUGCCUGACUCUCUUGGAGGAGGGGCUGUCUCACAGUCCCUCCAAUGCUCAGUUUAAGCUGCUGCUCAUCCGGAUCUACUGCAGGCUCGGCGCCUUCGAGCCCGUCUCGGAGCUCUACUCCAGCCUGGACGCCAAGCACAUCCAGCACGACACCAUCGGUUAUCUCCUGACACGCUACGCCGGCUCCUUGGGCCACUACGCUGCUGCUUCCCAAUCCUGCAACUUUGCACUCAGGUUUUUCCACUCCAACCAGAAAGAUACCUCAGAAUACAUCAUCCAGGCCUACAAGUACGGGGCGUUCGAGAAGAUCCCGGAGUUCAUCGCGUUCAGGAACAGGCUGAACUCUUCCCUUCACUUCGCGCAGGUUCGCACCGAGCGGAUGUUGUUGGACCUCUUACUUGAAGCAAAUAUAUCAAUCAGUUUAGAAGAAAGUGUAAAGUCCAUGAGUCUGAGCCCAGAGGAGGAUGACAUUCCAUGGAAAGAUCUGCGUGACAACAGAGACCUGACAGUCUUGUUUAGCUGGGAUCCAAAAGACAGGGACAUUUCUGAGGAACAUCGGAAGCUGUCCCUGGAGGAGGAAACGCUGUGGUUGCGAAUCCGGUCUUUAACGUUGAGGCUGGUGAGCGGACUCCCAACUCUUGGUCACACCAUCCAACCAAAGAACUCUGAAAAGACUGCAGAGAACGGUGUCUCAUCCAAGAUUGACACCAUCCGAGCCCUGCUGCAGCAGCUGGAAGCAGCAGUGGAUUCAGGGAAGAAGUUUCUAGAACAAAAAAUCCAGUAUCCUGUCCUUGGCCCUCCUCCUACCCGAAUGGCUGGCUUCUUCAGCAAUGGCAGCUGUCAGUGCCAGACUAGCUUGUUUUAUCUUGUUAGUGAUAUUUAUGAACUAGAUACCAAUGGCUUAGAAGAUUCAGCAGAAAUCCAGGAAAGAAUAGGGAAUAGUUUCAAGUCUUUAGUAGAACGACUGACAGACUUGUUCAAUAAAUGUAAAGGUGAUUUGAUUGAAGUCAGAGAUGGCACCUUGAAAACUCAUCCAAACCUUUUAGAAAACUUAGUCUUCUUUGUUGAGACGAUCUCCAUUGCCCUGUGGGUAUCAAGUUACUGUGACAGUGUCCUCCGACCUUUUAAAUCCAACCUGCAAAAAAAGAAGAAGAAAAAAAAAGAAAGCAGUGUAGCAAUGCCACCUGUAUUUACCCAUUUCCUGGAUUAUGUAACUGAACUCCAGACAUUAACUUCCAAUGUAAUAGAUCAUAUCAAAGGGCUUGAAAUCAUUCUGACUGCACUAAAACUUGAAGAGCUGUCACUCAAGGACACUCUGCUUUUACAGGAAGAAAAAAAGUUUACAAAGACUGUGCAAGGGAAGGUCCAGAGCAGUUACCAUCACUCAGUUCAGGAAAUUGGAGAGCUGCUGAAAAAGAGACUUGAUACCAUUAAAAAACUAAAGAUUUGAGCAAUGCAUCACUGGCAGACUCCACAGGGGAGUGACACCAGAGUCCCAGACAGAAGCAACAUCUACUCUACCAUCACUUAAAUCCAGAACUUCCUCAUAAUGCAUGAAGGACUUAAAAUCAUGAAACAAUUUUUUUAGGUAUUACAGAUGUAUUGAGCUGAUUUAAAUUAUUGUACAUAAAAGAAGCAGGGACCCUUCCUGGGGUUUGACCACUUUUUAUACAUGUUCAUAAGCAUAUUGCAACAGGAGAAAAGUCACUUUCUUCCCUUCUGAUCUCUAGAACCAACUGGAGAUGGUCUUUAGAAGCAGCAAUAGCAAUCCAGUGUAAAGCAUCUAUCUCCAAGGAUAUUUUCAUCACCAUACAGUGUUCAUAAUUUUUGUAUGGUCCUUGCCUUAGAAAUGCAGGAAUUGUAGAUGUCCACUUUCAGCCACCUCUGAUGAACUGAGCCUGGCUUGGAGCUGCCUGUUUUGUCUGCAAACCACCUGGUCCUGCUGACAGAAUUCCAUGUGUUGGUCCAUCAGGGAGAGGUGAGACCUCCGUGGUGAGCUGGGAAUCAUCCAGAGUUGGGGCAGGAACCUCCAGGAGAGAGCGGGAGGGAGGAGGUGUCUGUGCACAACUCGGGAAAACUACAAAUGUGAUGAGGAGCAAACUUCAGAGAGAGAGGGAGAUGGGAAUGGGUGUUUCAGCAAAAAAAAAAGACAAAACGAGAGACCUUGUAAAUAAUGGCUGCAGUGGAGUGUGACACUGCGCUGGUAUCAUGUCAGUUCAAUGUCAAACAGCAAUGUCAUGACUUUUAAAAAGUGUAUUUAGAUUACUGAAACUUUAAGACUUCAAUAUUUUAAUAGAAAUUGAAUCCUAUUGGCUUUGGUUUUAAGUUGGCAGAGGUAACUUUUGCUUCCGCUGUGGUCUGAGGCUGAGAUCCUUUUUGUACCUGUCUGCUUGCUUUUUGCAGUUGAACUUUGAUUAUCCAAGCACUGGUUCAUGAAGCUUUCUGUUAGAAAGUGUGACCAUAUCAUCUGCUCCCACAGAAUCUGCACAUCUGUUGGGUUUUUUCAAGUUCAAAGAGCAAUGCAGCCUGAAAUUGAUAGGCAAAAAAAAAAAAAAAGUUCACGUACCUGCAAUACAAGAGACAGGUCAGACCCAACAGAUUCCUCAUCUCCUGGUUUAGAGCCACAGGUAUCCAAGUCUAGAUUUAAAGUUUGAAGAGAGCUUGACUGCCUUUGUCAUCUCUUUUGUUUUGUUAGUAAUGCUAGAGUGUUGAUGAGAGUAUUUUUUUAAUAAAUCCCCUGUAUUAAAAAAAAAAAAAAAAAGUCCUAUAGCUGCUCUUGCUGGAUUUAGUUUGGCUUUGCCCCAUCCUGAAAGGGAAAGAAAGGAAUGUCUGCAGGUUGUCAAAUUGUAAAGGAUGUCCUGAUGGUUGAAUCACAAUGUCUGGUAAGUGCUCUGGGUUGGAGGAGUACCAAAAUAUGUUAAGUCUGUUUUAUAGUAACACUUCUACUGAAAAAAAAAAAAAAAAGAAAAGAAAAGAAAAAGAAACCAAACAGAACUGUCAUGUUGUAUAGAAAUAUCAUUUUUGAAAGGAGGGUGUGCUCCUUAAAUUAAAGCAAGGCUGGUGACUGAAGGUGAUGCUGUCAGGUAUGUAGGGUGAGUGAAAACCACCCCUGUGCUGGGGUGGGGCAGUUCAGAACAGCCCUGAGCCAGAAACAGGCACUGCCCUUCUCAGUCAGGGGGCACAGUGGCACUGCUGCUGUCCUUGUCCUCUCCCUCUAAUUCCAGAGGGCUUUGCACAGACACAGCAAAGGUGACACAGGGGACAGACCCAGGGCUGAGCCAUGCUGGAGUUUCCUUCCACUGCUGCUACACCAGGUUGAACUCAGUCGUAUCAAUAAGCAAUGGUGACAAUGUAAGUGAGGUUUGAGAUUAAGAGAACCAAGCAUUUAAAAUCCUCCUGUGUGCCUGAAAGCAGAAGCUGGGUUAAAAAAAAGGUUUCCUGCAUCCCUUGAAAGCAGAACUGAAACUGUGGGGGGAACUGAUGUCAUCUGAGGCAGGGGCUGGGACAGGAUGGAACCAAGACUCGCUCACUUCCAGCACAGGGGAAUUCUGACUGUUCUCAGUGCCAGCUGCUGUUCUCUCACCACUUCCAGCCACUGGGAAUGGCAAUGACAACCUUGUCAAACACAGAACUUCUGGGCUACUCAGUGGUUUCUAAAAGCAGAGGCCGUCUCUUCCCAAGCUGUAGUUUCUCUAGGAGGAAACAGUGUACAAAAAUGACUCCGUACUGACUGACUGGGGGCUUGGUUGAGGGAGAAUUUCUCUCCCCCUAUAAAUUGUGUACAGUUAAAUAUAUUAUAUAUUUCUUACAAAAGAACAUUUCCCCUCCAGAAUAUGUCCCACACAGACCUGGUAAGAAAUUCAAGCUACAACCCAUUGCUGCUGUUCCCCUUUUUUCCACCCUUAGGAUUUGUUUUUGUUUGUUUCGGAUUUUCUUUGGGUGAAGAAUUGAAAAACAUACCUAGAAGAAGCUACCAAGACUACUGUUUACAGACUGAAAAAUUACUGCUUUUAUACUACUGGGAUCAUGAGCCACGAUCCUUUUACAGAUUUCCUCAACUCCUUUUGGCUUAAAAUCAAUGUCUGAUGUAGAUAAAGGUUGGAAAUCUCCUACCCUUCUUUGUCUACACACAGGACAAACUGUACAAUGCUUGUUUGUGUUGUCCAUCAUUUUUGUACUUUUUAACUGUUCAAAAAUUGCAUUUAUAUUUUGCAAUCCUUGAUAAUCAUUACUUUAUUUUAACGGCUAGUAAACUUAGGGAUUUUUUUGUUGUAUUUGCAGCCUUAUCUGAACUUUCUCUUCCUUGAUUAUUGUUAAUUUAUGACUGUAGGAGAUAUGUACGCCUCAGCCUUCUACGGACUUAAGUGACACAGCUGCAACUGAACUGCUUUAAACUGGAUGGGUUUAUAAUUUAUAUAAAAGUCAGUUUCGUUACAAA